GGCCAAAAGGCAGACUAGAACAGGCCAUUCACUCCACCUUUCCCAGUCUCUGGAGACAACUCAGCACUGGCAGGAGCACCAUGUUUUGCUCAGCUCAGAGAGGGUCCUGCUCCUCCUACUCCUCAGGGGCCAAGGGCAGCCGUGUGUGCGCUGCUGGAAGCGCCUUCAGCAGCGGAACCGGCUGUGGCCUGGGGGGAGGGUCUUCCUGGGGCUUCCAGGGAAGCAGCAGCAGCCGUGGCCUGAUGGGGGCGUCUAAGGGUGGCUUUGGAAGUGGCAUUGGAGGGGGCUUUGGUGGCUGCUCAGUAAAGGGUGGAUUGGGAGCAGCCUCUGGCUUUGGUGGGGGCUCUGGCUUUGGUGGGGGCUCUAGUGGAGGCUUCUCUUGCUAUGGAGGUAGUAUGGGAGGUGGCCUUGGUGGUGUCAGUGGCAGCGAAGGGGGCCUUCUCUCUGGAAGUGAAAAGCAAACCAUGCAGAACCUCAAUGACCGUCUGGCCAGCUACCUAGACAAGGUGCACGCCCUGGAGGAAGCCAACACGGACCUGGAGACUAAAAUCAAGGAGUGGUAUGGCAAGCAUGGGUCUGGAAAAGGUGACUCUGGAAGGGACUACAGCAAAUACUGGCCAAUAUUAGAAGACCUGAAGAACCAGGUCAUUUCAGCCACCAUCGAAAAUGCGAGGAUGGCUCUGCAGAUGGACAAUGCUAGACUGGCUGCUGAUGACUUCAGGGUGAAGUAUGAGCAUGAACUGUGCCUCCGGGAGUGUAUAGAGGCUGAUAUCAACGGCCUGAGGAAGGUGCUGGAUGACCUUACCAUGACUCGCUCUGACCUGGAGAUGCAGAUAGAGUGUUUCACCGAGGAGCUGGUCCUCCUGAGGAAGAACCAUGAGGAGGAAAUGAAAUGCAUGCAAGGAAACUCAGGAGGGGAUGUGACAGUAGAAAUGAAUGCUGCCCCAGGAACCGACCUGACCAAACUACUGAAUGACAUGCGAGCACAGUAUGAGGCGCUGGCUGAGCAGAACCGCCAGGAAGCCGAGAAACAAUUCAAUGAGAGGAGUGCAUCCCUGCAAGCCCAAAUCUCUAACGAUGCAGGGGCAGCCGAUUCAGCCAAGAAUGAAGUAAUGGAAUUGAAGUGCUGCAUGCAAGCCCUGGAAAUUGAGCUUCAAUCCCAGCUGGCCCUGAAAUGUUCUCUGGAAGGGACCCUGGCUGACACAGAAGCUGGCUACAUGACUCGGCUGUCUGGAAUCCAGACACAGAUCAGCAGCCUGGAGGAGCAGCUCAGCCAGAUCCGCGGUGAGACACAAUGCCAGAAUGCGGAGUAUGAAUGCCUGUUGAACAUCAAGACACGCCUGGAGGAGGAGAUCGAGACCUACCGUCGCCUGCUCAAUGGGGAGGGAGGAGGAUGUGAUUAUAGAAACUUAAUAUCCAGUCAUGUGGCAUUGAAUGACUCAAGAUCUGGGAGCUGUUCUGGCCAAGGAAAAGAUCCCAGCAAGACAAGAGUGACGAAGACCAUCAUAGAGGAGGUGGUAGAUGGCAAAGUUGUCUCCUCUCAAGUCAGCAACAUUUCCGAAGUGAUAAUAAAAUAAGCAGUUUCCAGAUCAGCAGGGGCGUC